AUGCAUUUCACCACUUCUCUCGCCCUGGCGGCGAUUGCUUCUGUUGCAUCGGCUACACCAGCUACCAAGGUUGCUCGGGCAGACGAUGGCCCAAUUGGGUAUGCUGCACAGAAUGGCGGCACCACUGGUGGCGCUGGCGGUACCACAACCACAGUCUCCGCCCUGAGCGCCUUCACUGAGGCUGUCACUGCUGAUGGGGCCGCGGUCAUCUUCGUCAAGGGAACCAUUAAGGGCAAUGUCCAAACCAAGGUUGCCAGCGACAAGUCCAUCCUGGGCAUCGAUUCAAGCUCCGGCCUCGAGGGCGUGGGCUUGUACAUCAAGGACGUCUCAAACGUCAUCGUCCGCAACCUGGCCAUUUCCAAAGUCCUGGCUGACACCGGCGAUUGCGUUGGUAUUCAGAAGAGUACCAACGUCUGGAUCGACCACAUGGAUCUUUCCUCCGACCGUGACCACGACAAGGACUACUACGAUGGUCUCUUAGAUGUCACUCACGCCGCCGACUUUGUCACAGUCUCAAACACCUACUUCCACGACCACUGGAAGGCUUCUCUCGUCGGUCACAGUGACAGCAAUGCCGAUGAAGAUACCGGCUACCUUCACAUCACAUAUGCCAACAACUACUGGAAAAAUGUCAACUCUCGUGCUCCUUCCAUCCGUUUCGGUACCGCGCACAUCUUCAACUCGUACUAUGACACUCUCGAUACCGGUGUCAACACUCGUAUGGGCGCUGAAGUUUUGGUUGAGAGCACUGCUUUCACUGGCUGUAAGAAACCCAUUCUGAGCGUGGACUCCGACACCACUGGCACUGCGGCUGUCAACGAUGUUGACCUUGGUGGUGGCACCAACACUGCUCCGCAAGGCUCUUUGACCGUGGAUUACGACUACACUUUGCUUGGAAGCGCGAGUGUGAAGUCGGCUGUUGUUGGUGUUGCUGGUAACACCCUCACUCUUGGGUAA